AUGGUCUUUACUUUGGUUGUCCAUCUUCACGUCAGGGAAGGCAAAGAUGUUGAGAGGAAAAUUCACGACAAACUCAUUGAGGCCUCGAAGAUGUACAUGACCUACGCCGACGUCAUCGGUUGGCAUGCGAUGCAGGACCAUGCAGACCCUUGCAAAUGGACCAUUGUCGAGCGCUACAAGUUCUCUAGCGGCGUGCACAUUCACGACGCGAAUCCGUAUUUUGAUGCAUUUGGGACCUACAUGGGACCACUGCUUGACCAGCCUGUGGAUGUGCGCCAAUGUAAUGAGCUCGACACUAGCGAGCCUGUUCCAUGCAGACUAGACGGUAUGUGA